AUGUCAGCAGUACAGCAAGUGCAAUCGAAAGGCAUCUUCCAUGGCUUGCCAGUCUACCCACCGGACUUCUCUGGCCUGGCUGCCAUCAUCACUGGAGCCAAUGGCAUCUCCGGACACUACAUGCUGAGAGUCUUGUCAGAGGAUCCCAAGCGAUGGAAGAGAAUCAUUUGCUUGAGCCGCAGACCUCCGCUCACACAUGGAGGCCUGCCGGAUCAUGUGGAACACAUAUCACCCGACUUCCUGAGUAACCGAAGGAAAUCGCGAGUGAUCGCUGAUCAUGUGUUCUUCUUUGCCUACAUCCAGCCAACUCCCAAGGAAGGAGCCGGCCUCUGGAGCAAUGCGGAAGAACUGGUCAAGGUCAAUUCGAAGUUGCUGGACAACUUCCUCAACGCCUUGAAAUUAGCAGGCAUCACUCCCAAGCGUUUCAUGUUGCAAACUGGCGCAAAGAACUACGGAGGACAUCUAGGCCCUACGAAAGUGCCUCAAGAGGAGACUGAUCCUCGUGUGGAGCUUGAGCCAAACUUUUACUACCCACAGGAAGACCUGGUAUGGGAGUACUGCAAGGAAACGGGCGCUGGCUACAGCAUUCACAUGCCCGGUCCAAUAGUUGGGGCUGUGCCGGAUGCGGCAAUGAACUGCGCCUUCCCACUUGCGGUAUACGCAGCUAUCUGCAAGAAGACCGGCAAACCGUUCGAGUUUCCAGGUGACAUUCAUAGUUGGCAAAUGCCGCAGUCCAUGUCGGCAGCUCAGAUGAAUGCUUACCAAGAGGAGUGGGCAGUUUUGCUCGGCCCUGCGAACCAGAAGUACAACACUUGCGAUAACAGCGCCUUUACUUGGGAAAAGGCAUGGCCAAGAAUCGCAGGUUGGUAUGGCAUGGAGUCAAAAGGUCCGCAAGAUGACGACAUCUACACCGAGACCGAGACACGAUUCAAUCCCAGAGGAUAUGGUCCCAAAGGCAUCACUCGCCGAAAGUUUCGCCUGGUAGAGUGGGCAAAGAAGUCUGAAGUGCAAGAUGCGUGGAGUGAGCUUGUCAAGGAGAAUGGACUGGCACAACAGCUUAUGGGUGUUGAUCGAGUCUUUGGCUUCCUUGAUGGGACAUUAUGCAGACCUGCCCCACUGUUGUUCAGUAUGGACAAGAGUCGUAAGCUCGGCUGGCACGGCUUCGUAGAUCCAUCAGAGGCUUUGUUGGAGGUCUUUCAGGAUUUUGUGAAGUUGAAGGUGAUCCCGCCGGUGCCGAGGGUGAAGGUGAGCUUCAAUUAA